AUGUCAGACUUAAGAGAAAUUAAUAGAUUAAAUAAAGAUGAAGAAUUUGAAUAUUUUAAACUUUAUUCAAAUAGUAAUGGAUUUAGAAAAUGGAAUUUAGAUGAACAUAAUAUAUUUAGUAAAGCAAGUUUAGAAUAUAAUUUUUUAAAACCUGAUCAAAUGAUAGAGAUACUUAAAUUAGUUAAUCAACAUAAUUCAAAUACAUCAUGUAAAGCAAGAACAUUGGAAGAAUUGAAUAUUCAUAUUAAAGUUUAUCAAAACUUUUUAAAUAAACAACAAGCACUUAGAUCACCAACAACAGGUAGUUUAAAUAUUAGUGGAUUUGGUAAUCCUAUUACAAGUGGUGGUGGUGGUCUUGGUGUAUUGGGUGGUGGUGGUGGUGGUGGAGGUAUUUCUAGUAGUAGUCUUGGAGGGCUAAGUGGUAGUGGUUUAUUUUUAAAUACAAUGGUAAAUAAUACUUUUCAAACAAUUUUAGAUUCUCUAGAUGGCAAUAGUAGUAAUAAUAACAAUAAUAAUAUUCCUUCAACAUCAAGUGUUAAAGAUGUAGUAUCAAUUGGUAUUAACCCAUUAUUUCAAAAAAGUGUACAAUCUCAAUCACAACUACCAACAGCAACUAAUAAUAAUAAUAAACAACCAUUAGAAUUAAUUUCAAAACCAAUACCUACAGCAACAGCAACAGCAACAACAACAGCAACAACAACAACAACAACCAUUCAACCACCAAUUGGUGGUACUAAAAAUACAGUAAACAAAGAAAUAGAACAAGAUAGUAAUGAUAAUGAUAAUAAUAACAAUACUAAUAAUAAUAAUAAUAAUAAUAAUAAUAAUAAUAAUAAUAAUAAUAAUGAAGAAAAAGAAAAACAAUACUUAAAUUAUAUUAAUAAUAGUCUUGGUGAAUUAAAUAAAAAGGAUUUAAAACUUUUGAAUGAACCAUGGACAGUUGAAGAUCAAAAGAAAUUAGAAGAUGCAUUAACUAAAUAUCCACCAAGUAGAUUUAGUAGUGUUUCUAGAUGGCAAAUGGUUUCAAAAGAGUUGGGUAUUUCACCAAAAGCUGUAGCAUUAAGGUAUAAUCAAAUGUUAAAUCAAUUAAUUCCCAAAAAACCUUCUCUACAACAACAACAACAACAACAACAACAACAACAACAACAACCAACAACAACAACAACAACAACGACAAAACCUGAACAAUCAAUUAAAUCUGAAGAAGAGGAACAAACAACUGGUAAAAGAAAGUCAAGAUCAUCAUUUUCAUCACCUUCAUCAUCAUCAAAAGAAUCACCAAAUAAAAAAGAAAAAACUACUCAUGAUACUACUACAACUACUAAUACUGCUACUACUACUACUGUAACUCCAAAUAUGACCACUCCUUCCAUUAUUAAUUCUUCUCCUGCAAUCGCUGCAAAUUUAUUGGAAGCUGAUUCACUUUUACAAAAAAACAAUCAAUUAUUAAAACAAAUUAGAACAAGUGUUAUGCAAUUAACUGAUCCUCAAUCAACAAUUUUAACUGAAGUAAUUGAAAAUAUAAAUAAUAGUAUUCAAUUAACUGGAAAAUGGAAAGAUAAUAUUGAAAUGCCACCUUUACCACUUAAAGUAAAUGAUUUAAUACUUUCAUUAAUUUCAAAUAAUACAAGUUCAUCAUUCAAAAAACCAUUAUCAAAAAAGGUAACAGAAUGGAAUCUAGUUGUUGAAGAUGAUGCACCAACUCAAGAUAAAAAAUAA